UCAUUAUUACUUGUUUUAUGCCGCUCAUGUGAAUGAAAAGUCACAUGACCUAUCAUGUGGUCAUUCUGGGACAAAAAACAAGAUGUGAUAGUGAAAACUGAACAGCAGAAAAUGUACACAUUAAUAGUGUUAGCUGCUGUUUCCCUUACAGCCUCAGCAUCCCAUAUAUCUGUGUCGUUUUCUGACAGUGAUUUACAGGUGAUAGUGGGGAAGAAUGCCACUGUAAAACUCUCAUCAAAUGAGAGUUUCACAAAUGAAGCUCUGCUCGAGUUCACGUAUCAGAUUGGUAAUGGGGAUCCAGACUUCAAUCAAGGAAAAGACAAUUACAUCUUUUCAUUGGGUAAUAUAUCCAUAUCCAAGGGAGACAAGCUGGCUCAGGAAGUUGUAAUCAAGGGACAGAACCCUGGUAACCUGAUACUAGGCUUGAAUUCCACUUCAGAGGAAAUCAAUGACCUGAAGAGCGUGUUUGUCCGUAUUGAUGUGGUGAUCAGCAGUGCCCUCGUCACCAUUAACGCAGUGAUUGGCUGGAUCUACUUUGCUGCGUGGUCCAUUUCAUUCUACCCCCAGGUGUAUGUGAACUUCGCUAGGAAGAGUGUUGUUGGCCUGAAUUUUGACUUCCUUCUCUACAAUAUUACGGGCUUCCUAGCCUACGGUUUCUUCAAUGUGGGAAUGUACUGGGUACCAUCUGUAAAGGAGGCCUAUCACAAUAAUCAUCCAAGGGGGAUAAAUCCUGUACAGCUGAAUGAUGUCAUCUUCACCCUCCAUGCCAUUGCUAUUACCAUAGUAACAAUAGCACAGUGUUUCAUGUAUGAGAGAGGCGGUCAGAAGGUCUCCAAAGUGUGCCUGUUGCUUGUGACAGGGGCGUGGCUGUUUGCAGGCAUCUCAUUGGUUGUGACGCUCUGUGACAAGAUCACAUGGCUUACAUAUCUCUACUACUUCUCGUACAUCAAACUGGGGGUGACCCUCAUCAAGUACAUACCGCAGGCCUAUAUGAACUUCCGUCGGAAGAGCACGGACGGUUGGAGUAUUGGAAACGUGCUACUGGACUUUACAGGAGGCUCACUAAGUCUGCUGCAGAUGUUCCUUCUGUCAUACAAUAGUGAUGACUGGGGCUCCAUUUUCGGGGAUCCGACCAAAUUUGGUCUUGGCUUCUUCUCGAUUCUUUUCGAUGUGUUGUUCAUCGUCCAGCACUACUGCUUGUAUCGAAACAAUGAGUCACAUGACUCUCUCGUAGACGACAGGGAACAGGAAAUCCUCAUCAAUGACGACUCAACAUACAAGACCUACUCUGGGCUAGGUUAGAUGAUGAAAACUCCAUACAAUAAAAUAGUAAGGUGAAUAAACAAACUUCUCAAGGCAGAGAGAAUUCUAGUCAGGACUUCAGUCAUGGAUUCAGGUUUUGAAAUUGGGCAGACUUUUGUAGACUGUUUAAAAGGCCUGUUAGUGUGUGACUAAUGAUUGUGGUAUUUAGUUCUUUAUGAAGAAAGUGUCUUAUUAGCAACAAUUUUUGAUUUCACAUAAACUACAUGUAAUGUAUGUCCGCAUAUGAAUGUUUGGCAGUUUGAUAUGGCAGUAAGCGAUAAAUAUGUACGAUUCUUAUCAAUAUAUAUAGCAAUAAUAAGAUAACUAUGUUAUGUAACUACUUGGAUGUAUGCCCCUUCAACGUUUUUACACUCCUGCAUAGUGAAACUACAGUGCUUUUUCAAUCAAGGAAUUAGUGUCAUCUUUUGUGAUGUAUUUUAAUUAGAAUAAGCUUAUAUAAAGCAGUCUUCCAUUUGUAUCUUGGAAUGUCAGUUAUAGUAUUACAACUGUCUUUUAUUCUUACAAUAAGUUUGUUUUCUUGUAUAGACAAACAGUAGCUGUGUUUAGUGUGUCAUAUAAACAUGUAUGUAUAAUUAUAGACGUUUUCACAUUUUUUAAAGGCAAUAUUGUGAAAAUUAUUGUGCAAUUUUAUCAAAUUGUUGCUCUUUCUGAACAUAUCCAAAUGCUCACAAGAUGGCGAUGUGUCUGUGACUGGCAAUUAGCGUUGAUUUGUUGAAGAACAUGGAAAUGUCUCCUGAUUAUAGUUUUAGUGAAGUGAAGAGUCAUGUCCUUUGUUGUGCUAAUACUCUGAAUUCUUUCUCAAACCGUUUUACGUAAUAUUAAGUUUAAUGCACGACUCAUUACACUGUUAAAUGUUUUUGUUUCAAUAUUUAACAUGUUGAAAUUGUUUGUUUUUUCUUUUUUUUUUCAUUUGUAUCUACAAUAUAUAACUUGCAAAAUGUGAUUCAGCAUUCAAACUUGUGUAUACCUUUUUAUUUACAAUGGUUGUAUAUGUAUAUUGGAUUUUGUUUAAUUUAAGUAGCUGUUAAAAUAUAGCAUAUUUAAAUGUGCCUAAAUCUGAAUACAAACAAGAGCUGUCUUCAUAGGAUGACAUAUGCCCCCGAAAAACGCUUUGAUUAAAGUUAUGAGCAUUUUUCGAAACCUAAACACAGAUUUUGAAACCUAAAUGCGGACCCUAAGGUAAAGGUCAAAGGGGUCAAAAUUUGUGUGCUUAUGGAAAGUCCUUGUCCAUAUACACAUGCAUACCAAAUAUGAAGGUUACAUCUGAAGCGACAUAGAAGUUAUGAGCAUUUUUAGAAACCUAACCACAAAGUAUGACAGACAGUCUUGGAUGGACAGUGUGAUCACUAUAUGCCCUCGUUCGGAAGCAUACAAAUAAUUAUAACAAGACUAUUGUCAAGCAAUAUGGUCCCCUACCGGUGAAACUACCAUUUUCAGCAAUAUUUCUAGUCUAUCUGUUGCCAUAGAAACCAGAAUUUUUUAUUUAGAAACGAAAUGAAAUGACAUUCAUAAUCUCCUUAUUGCCAUCUGUCCAUGUGUCAAGUUUCAUUACAAAAUAUUUAGAACUUUUAAACUUAUCACAGGAUCCACCAUUUUCAGCAAUAUUUCUUGUCUAUUUGUUGCCAUAGCAACCAGAAUUCUGGAUAUAGGAACAAAAUGAAAUGGCAUGCAUAAUCUCCAUAUUGCCAUCUGUCCAUGUUUCAAGUUUCAUGAAAAAUUAUGAAGAACUUUUAAAGUUAUCGCAAGAUCCAGAAAAGUGUGACAGACUCACACACAGAGCGCAAACCAUAAGUCCCCCCCCAGUUUGUUUCUAAGUAGUAUUUGUUGAAGUGUGGUUUCCCUUCCAGUGGUGUAUUAGCAAUUCCCACAGAAAACCAAAAUAUUUAUUCUUUAUUUUUGCUAUAACUAUACAUUUAAGAAAAAUAGCCCACCAAAUUAAGUGAUUGAUCUAUAAAAAUUUAUCUCCCUAAGAUUGCUCAGUAUUUCAUUGCAUAAAAGUUGUGUUUUUAUGUCCCCCACUAUAGUAGUGGGGGACAUAUUGUUUUUGCCCUGUCUGUUGGUUGGUCAGUUGGUUGGUUUGCGCCAACUUUAACAUUUGCAAUAACUUUUGAUAUAUUGAAGAUAGGAACUUGAUAUUUGGCAUGCAUAUGUAUCUCAUAGAGCUGCACAUUUUGAGUGGUGAAAGGUCAAGGUCAUCCUUCAAGGUCAAAGGUCAAAUAUAUCGGUCAAAAUCGCUCAUUUAAUGUACACUUUUGCAGUAUUUCAAUAUUCAAGAUAGCAACUUCAUAUUUGGCAUGCAUGUGUAUCUCAUGGAGCUGUACAAUUUGAGUGGUGAAAGGUCAAGGUCAAGGUCAUCCUUCAAGGUCAGAUGUCAAAUGUAUGUGGCCAAAAUCGCUCAUUUUAUGAGUACUUUUGCAAUAUUGAAGAUAGCAACUUGAUAUUGGCAUGCAUGUGUAUCUCAUGGAGCUGCACAUUUUGAGUAGUAAAAGGUCAAGGUCAUCCUUCAAGGUCAGCGGUCAAAUAUAUGUGGCCCAAAUCGCUAAUUUUAUGCAUACUUUUGCAAUAUUGAAGAUAGCAACUUGAUAUUUGGCAUGCAUGUGUAUCUAAUGGAGCUGCACAUUUUUAGUGGUGAAAGGUCAAGGUCAACCUUCAAGGUCAAAUAUAUGGGUCAAAAUUGCUCAUGUAAUGUCACUUCUGCAUAAUUGAAGCUAGCAAUUUUAUAUUUGAAAUGCAUGUGUAUCUCAUGGAGCUGCACAUUUUGAGUGGUAAAGGGUCAAGGUCAUCCUACAAGGUCAAACAUCAUAAAGGGGGACAUUGUGUUUCACAAACACAUCUUGUUUUUAAUCAAGUCUUCCAUAGAGCGCAUUUUUAACCAGAAUUUCCGAAGGAAAAUAAAAUAUGCAUGCCCCCCAUAUGGGCUGUCCGUUGUAGUGGCAGCCAUUGUGUGAAUACGAUUUUUGUCACUGUGACCUUGACCUUUGACCUAGUGACCUGAAAAUCAAUAGGGGUCAUCUGCGGGUCACGAUCAAUGUGCCUAUGAAGUGUCAUGAUCCUAGGCAUAUGCGUUCUUGAGUUAUCAUCCGAAAACCAUUUGACUAUUUCGGGUCACCGUGACCUUGACCUUUGACCUAGUGACCUCAAAAUCAAUAGGGGUCAUCUGCGAGUCAUGAUCAAUCUACCCAUGAAGUUUCAUGAUCCUAGGCGUAUGCGUUCUUGAGUUAUCAUCCGGAAACCAUUUUACUAUUUCGGGUCACCGUGACCUUGAGCUUUGACCUAGUGACCUCAAAAUCAAUAGGGGUCAUCUGCAAGUCAUGAUCAAUCUACCCAUGAAGUUUCAUGAUCCUAGGCGUAUGCGUUCUUGAGUUAUCAUUCAAAAACCAUUUUACUAUUUCUGGUCACCGUGACCUUGACCUUUGACCUGGUGACCUCAAAAUCAAUAGGGGUCAUCUGCGAGUCAUGAUCAAUGUACCUAUGAAGUUUCAUGAUCCUAGGCCCAAGCGUUCUUGAGUUAUUGUCUGACAACCACCUGCUGGACGGACCGACCGACAGACCGACCGACAGACCGACAUGAGCAAAGCAAUAUACACCCUCUUCUUCGAAGGGGGGCAUAAAAAGGUUAUUACAUUGGCGAAUGUUGGCGGGCGGGCGAAACAAGCUUGGCGGCCAUUACUUUGUCGUUAAUUGUGACAUUUUAAAAUCAUUUGGCACAUUUGUUCACCAUUAUUAGUCGGUGUGUCGUUCGAAAGAAUAACGUCAAUAUCUCCAAGGUCAAGGUCACACUUCAAGUUCAA